AUGAAUGCGCUUCAGUCAUCCGUGUGUGCGCUACUUUCCAUUCAUCCACGUGUUAUCACGAACAAGUUCUCUGUGUCUGCACGUGUCCUCCAGGAUGGGCGAGGCCACUCUAUUGUCGAUGUCCAGGGUCGUGGGGUUCCCGAAGCAGGAGCGGCGUCUUUGGAAAACUCCAACGAUGCCAUGGCCGAUGCGGCGGAGCAGCUUAUAACGGAGUUGCUCUGUGUGCUCUCUGUUGGCCUUCGUGGGGAUGUCGAUGUGUGGGAUGUUCUAGCGACCCUCCAGCACGUCCCAACCCGUCUAGCCGAGUCGAAGGACAACACCUUCAAUAAACGGACGUCCUUCUCACAGAGUGUAGAGGGGGGAGCCGUUAGUUCAAGCCCGUCUUCAGGACUUACGGGGGGCCAACGUGAAGGGCCUGGCGGUAGUCGAGAAGAUGAUGCCGUCAAGGAUGCGAAGCAGCGUCUGUGCCGACGCCUUAAUUUCACCGUCCAACUUGUGCGCAUUGUCGAAACCACGUUCAGCGGCCAGCCGAGGCUGGUGCAUGCCCGGGCCCUGCUCCGUUUGGCCUUGAACUACGGCUGCUUGCUGGCCUCGCUUGAGCUGCUCGUGCGGUGGAACCAUGACGAGUUGUGGCCCUUCUUCAGCAAGCCAGAAAUGAACGUCCUAUUUAACUGCGGUGACAGGGGGCAGCGGUGGAACACCUUCGUGGGGAUCGUGGCCCCGGUAGGGGGGGUGCCACUUCGCGACCUGGAGGGCGGCGCGGCGCGGGGGUUCUCGUUGGUGCACUUUAACCUGGCACUUUUGGUACCGGAUUUAGACUACGAUGGGCCCAAUCAAUACGCGGAGGGAGGGGUAGGGGCCAGGAAGGUAACGACCGCCUCCCACAUUGCUGCCUCUGGUGGGCAAUCAACUGAGGGGUAUCGUCCAGAAUUUUAUUGCCAACUCGAAGACUACUUGCGAGGGGCCACUAAUUGUGCGCCUUCAGCGCUGGCUUUCCUACAAAAUAAAAGGAAAGCUAUAGCGGCAAGUCAUCACCUAUGGUGUACGGACCCAAAGGAUGACCGCGGACAGAUCUCAAAGCGGAAUGCCGCGGGUCAAUCGAUACACCGAGAUCGGCCGACGGAAGAGCGUCCUGUGAAAGUUAAAGUGUUGCUCUUAGAUGGAUCAGGCAACACACUUCGAACGCGCGGGCAUGGAACUGAGGGCCUCGUUGCAAGUGUAGAUUUUGACCGAGGAGGUGUUGGCGCAGGGAACAGCGAUGCGAAAGGUGCGGGCGGCUUGGAAAGUGACAUUGGUGAGAGUGCUCGCCGUUCUGGGAAACAUCGAAAGGCGCGUAAAAGGCGAGCACAAGCGAUUUCUAACACUACCGUCACGCCGUCCUCCCAGUUGACGUCGUCCGACGCGGAUCAGAAGCGCCAGGAGGAGGCUUAUGUGCGGCAACAACGUCUGAACGCCACACAGCAGCCGAGCAGGGCACCGAACAUGAUUGAGGCCCUCCGUCAAAUGCGGCAGAUCACAAAGCAACAAAUGGAAGCGGCAACCACUAACACGAUCAGCAGUGAUUUAACAGGGGGUGAGGAAGAGGGGGAGUAUAGCAAAGAUUUGCUAAAGCACGUAGUCGUGUCGACUUCACCUGGAGGUUCGCCCGCUAUAGAAGUUCUUGUGACCAACAUGACUUCUGCACCGACGGCAGCUGCUUUUUCUUCUUCUCUUGGGUGCACUUCACCUCAGGGCGAUCACGAUAAUGAGGCCUCUGUCGAUAAGCUUCUAGAUCGACUGGAAAGCAUGCUGGACCAACUGGCUGAGUGUCUUGGUGUGAGUGAGGGUGACGCAGAUCUUCAUUAG